AAUGGCACUGGAGAAGAAACAGAAAUUGGCGGCAAAUAGUUGUUGGUUUUUUUGUUGCUGAAAGUUGUUGCAUUCCCGAGUCCUUGCUGUUCCGAGCCCUUGCGGCAUACCGGCACUGUCCAUGGCUUCGCUAUUCGGGGACGAUGGGGUUGACGACUUGUUCAAUGACAACGUGUGCGCGGACAACGACCAAUUGCCCAGUGAUGGCGAGGGCGAGAAACUUUUUGCCGACGAGGAUGAGAACAAUGAAAAUGCAGAUGGAAAUCCGGAGGGUGCUGGCGUCAAAGUGGAGCCCAAGAAGCGUGCGGUGCGUAACCCAAGGCCGCGUCUCACAGUGGACACGCUGCGUGGCCCACGCGGCAUACACACUAUCGAAAAUUACUUCAAGGAUGUCAAACUGAAGGGCAGGGGCCAUGAGAAGACCGAUCUGGACGAGGUGUUGCGGCGCCUGCAGCACUGGGGUCAUCGCAUGUACCCCACCUAUACAUUCGAUGAUGUGCUCAACAACAUAGAGCGGCUGGGCAAGAAGAAGCCCCUGCAGGUGCACAUGACUCGCUAUCGUCUGGGGCAACUGGAGGAUUUGCGCCUGCAGGAAGCGGACGCCGUAGACGAUGGACCGGACGAGCAGAACGAUGGUGCUGCCGAUGAGCCCUUUGACGAGUUCGAUGCCCUGCUGGGCGAACAGAUAGCCAUGUCCAAGCUGGCACCACGCACCCCAGCAUCCACGUAUCAGAAAGCCAAGUUGUCCAGCACAAUGGCAAGCACAAGCAGUACUCUGGUGACGCCAUCCUUCUCCCGCCAUGCAGUUGUAUCCACACCGUACUCGGUGGUGAAUGGACCCAGCUUUGAUAAAGACGGUGCUCCUGUGGAUUCUCACGAUAUGAGUGACUAUGGCCAGCCCUUGCCGCCGACACAGCCAUCAACGCCAGCGGCCAAGAAGCUCUCCGCGGAUCAAAUGGCGCGCAUAGCCGAGAAUCGUAGGCUGGCACAGGAGCGGCUGCUGGCCAAGAAACAGCAGCAGCAGCAGGAGUCGUAGAGUAAACUAUGUGUACAAAGUAAGCAAUUUUAUUGAGGAGAAAUAAAUUAAGAUUCGCGAGUAAGAAAGCCUACAAAAUAUAUGUGCGUAUUUACAAGGAGCUUUUGCGGCUCCUCCAAGUCAUGAUG